AUGUCCGCCCGUCAACUGCGCCGCCGCCCCCGCCCACUCAUGGCGCGCCAUGUCACCCCGCCACCGUCUUCCACCGCGCGCCGCCGCCAGGGCCCGCCAAGCCCAUCGCCAGCCCGCCCGAGCCCAUCGGGCCCCGGACGAGCCCGCGCACCGCCGCCCUUCGCCGUACUCCGCCACCGCUCGCCCGCGAGGUGCCCGCCGCCGCCGUCUUGCCGCGCCGGAGCGCCGCGCCUCUCCCUCCGCGUCCCCGCCGCCUUCGCCUCCUCCGCCGACGGUCGCCGUCACCUCUCCCUCCGCGCCGCCGCGCCGGAACCGCGCCGGCCCGCGCCUCUGCCUCCGUCCUCCGGCGAGCUCGAGAUCGAGCUCGGCCCGAUCUGGAUCUGA